AUAUAUGAAAACGAGGGCUUGUCUGUCAAAUUCAUAUUUUUGUCCGCUAUAAAAACCAGCAGACCAAAUAAACUGGACCUUACGGCUCUCUCUCUCUCUUCCCUCUCUAACCCGUGAACCUUCAACCCUAAUCAGCUUGCGCCGUCUUCAGCCGGUGGCGGCUCCGGCGGAUUCGCUGCCUCCGUCGCCGGCUGUCUCUCCCUUCUCUAUCCUUUCUUUCUCCUUCCCUGUCUCGUCUCUUUCUCCCUCUUCUUAGCUUCGUCGAUAUACUUUCCGUUGUGGUUUCUCUCACUCCUCUCCGGCGUCGCUGCCCGGUGGUGAAGAUUCUGGAGCGGUGGUGAGGCGCGGCUGGGAGAGUGGAGCUUGGUGGCUCUUCCGUGGGUUUCCUUCGAGGCAUCGCUUAGAUCUGGCCAGAUCUGCUUUCAAUGGUGGUCGAUUUUGCUCCGGUGGUGGUGCUCCGGCCCUCAGUCGUCUCUUCCGGCGUCAGUUUGCGGUUGUUGAUGACAAGUGCCCUCGUUCUCGGUUUGGGGGUUCUCGUUUUUGAGAUUUCUCUUCAGAUCUAUCUUCUUCUCAUUACCAGUGAGAGUUUAUUGUAUCAGGAGUUGAUUUUGAAUCUCAGGCAAGUUCUCAGACAGUGGUGGUGAUUCUCUGCUGGCAGCUCUCCUUGCAGGUUGGUGUAGUGCUCCUUGUGGCUAGAAGGUGUCUCUGUCUAGCUUGUGAGAUAGGGCUGAGCUCUUCUUCUUGGCUAAAUCAGAAGUGGCGGUUUGGUGAAGCGGGUUGUUUGAGCUUCUCUUUGCGGAAAAGGUCAGACUCUGGUUCUCAGGGUCAGUCGCUCGUGCGGGUUAUUGUUGGCUUAGGUAUGUUGUAGUCGACCUUGGACUACAGUCCCGGUGAGGGCGAGUGUUGCUAGCACCUCUGCAGAUAGGGUGUGGUUCCGCGGAUUCUUUGCCCUGUGGUGUUAGCGUCCUUUUUUUUCGUUCAUAGUCUGGUGGUGGUGGCGGGUUAUCAGCCAGUGGUCUAUCCAAAUAAGAGUGGUUUGUGCUCGAAGUUGGGGUGUUGGUGGUUCCAGUGGGGGUCUUUGGGGUUUUUAGAGUUCUCAGGUGCCUGUGAGUUUCAGGAAGGAGGAGUAGAGGUGGCUGUUUUGCGGUGCUUGGUGUCCGGUGCUUCGACAGGCUCUGGUUCGUCGGUUCCGCCGUUUCGGUACGGCCCCAUUGUCGUCUAUUCUGAAUUUCAAGCUCUAGUUGGUAUCUGUGCAGUUGCAGGUGGUAGGACCUUUGUGGUAAGGCCAUUUUUUUUGGAGGCGAGUGCCUGGGGAAGCCAACUAUACCGGCUCGUGACUCAUGUUUUAACUGGCGCCUUCCUUUGGGGUUCGAUCUUGCGUGCUGCUCGCUCUUAGCAACCCUUACAAGUUCUUCCCGUGUGUUCUCUCUUCUACUUCUAGGUUCAGCUCAUUCUCGCGUUUUUCUUACUGUAAUUGUUGUUGUGUUGUAGUUUCUUUUUGGCGUUUGUCUUCUGCUACUAGUGUUUCUCUGUAACUUCUGUCACAAACUUUAAAAUGGUAAUGCAAUCUUAACAUGUUUACCAAAAAAAAAAUAAACUGGACCUGUCAUGGCUUGGUUCUGAUACCAGAAACUAAACCAAGAAAGAAAGAAAAACACUUUCUGGGAAAAAGUCCAAAUUUACAUUAAUUCUUUUCUUUUUGCCAUUUUUGGAUUCUGGUGAUUUUUCAAAAAUAAAGAUCACGAGUGUCACUUGUGCACUCUGUAACCGUUUCAUUUGGUCAAUUCAAUUACAGAAACAAACCAAAAAAGAAGACAGAACAUAACCCAAAAGAUUGAAGUGUUUUGCUUGCUGUCUUCUUCUUCUUCUUCGAUUGAAAAAAUCUAGAGUUUGUUUUCUUUUUUUUUGUAAACUAAAAAUCUAGAGUUUGUUAAGAAAAAAAAAAGAAUGGAUUCUGAGCUUUAUAUCGUUGAUGGGUCUUCAUCUUCUUCCUCAUUUUGCCACCAUUCAAGUAGUACUGAACCAGAUAUGUUUUCUUCCGACACAACAACAACAACAACAACAACAGAUCUCUUCUGCAACAAUCCUUAUCUUAAUCCUAUAGAUGAUCAGUCUCUCAAUUUCUUUGACAACUUUACCCCUACGACUCAUCAUCUCCUCUCUUCAUCUCCUCCACUCUCUCAACUCCAAACCCUUAACCUCUCCCACACUAACACUUUCCCCAGUUUCGAAAGCUUCGACGCCGUCAAAACAGAGCGUCCUCUGUUUAACUCUUCAGUCAUGGAAGAUUCAUCGAGUUUCCCGAAUCAGAAUCUCUUAGGCUCGCCUGAAAACUCCAUCCUCUCCGAUCACAUGCGACGUGUCUACAGCACUGGAGAUUUGCAGAAUCUGAGAAUGGAUACUACGGGACAACGAUCAUACUCGAGUCCUUUAGGUGUGGAGAACUCAUGGACGACGCCGUUUCCCGGAGAAGAACAGAGUUUGAAGGUGGGGCGUUACAGUGCGGAAGAACGUAAAGAGAAGAUUUCAAAGUAUAGAGCUAAACGAACACAAAGAAACUUCACCAAAACCAUUAAGUAUGCAUGCCGGAAAACGUUGGCGGACAACAGACCAAGAGUACGUGGCAGGUUUGCACGUAACGACGAAGUUUUAGAGAACCCCAAGAUUGCUUCUUCUUUCUCUAUACAAGAAGACGACGACCUUUGGAAUUUGGAUGGGUUGCAUGAGGAAGAAGAAGCUUUUAUGAGUAGCUUUGUGGAAUGUCAGUCUCAGCCUCAACGACAAAUGCAAUACACAACAACUUCCUUCUGGUGAAAGCAUAUCUGUCUGAAGAAAGAAGAGAUGAAUAUUAUAUUUUCCGACUUAAUUUAAUAUGGAAUGGAAUCGAAUCAAGUCAUAUAAUGGAUAUUUAUUUUUGAUUCUCACUUACAUCAAGAACAAAAACUAAUAUAUGACUCGAUUGUAUAGUACUGCACUAGAAUAAACAAUUCAUGUUCUUUACAAAACAAUAAUAAUAAUUACAAAAUAUGGAUUUAUUUUAGGAGAAUAAAAUAGUGGUUUAAGUUUAACUAGUCACUUAGUGAUAGUGGUGUUGUAGCUUUUUCAUCGUUUUACUUUUAUUAAUAUGGAAACUGUUUCUCAGUUGCCUU